UGUAGUGCCUUUAAUUGUGCUAGCUCUAGUGAUGUUAGAAAAGACUUGUCAUUUCACAAGUUCCCUCUUAAAGAUAAAGAGAGGCUUCAAAAAUGGGUGCAUGCUGUUCGAAGGAAAGAUUUUAAACCUAGUUCCAAUACAACUUUAUGUAGUUUACAUUUCAAUGAAACUGACUUCUAUUCAGCAGUUGUAAGUGGGAAAAAAAUGUUAAUAAAAUCUGCUGUACCAACUGUAUUUGAUUUCCCAAAUCAUUUAACUCCAAAAAUUAAAGAAAGGAGAAUUCUGCAACGAGAAGACACAACCACAACAAUAGCCGUUCAAAAUAAUGAAAAUAUGUUAUCUACUUGUAAAACAGAGACAAAGUUUGUAGACAUUGGCGUACAGACAAAAUUAACUGGGGAAGAAUUAGAAAAAACAUUAAAUGAUUUACGCCGAGAUAAAAGGAUUUUGCAACAGAAAUUAAUUAGAAGAGAUAAACGAGUAAGUAAUAUGCGUGAAAUGUUAAAUUUAUUAAAAAGUAAUCACUUAAUUGGAGAUACUGUUGAAGAUAUUUUUAAGAACCAAUUUGAUUCUUCUCUACCUUUCGCUUUAUUUAAAAAUGAAAUUGCUAACGUAAAUAAUGCUUCAAAUCAUAAAUUAUACUCAGAAGAAAUACGGGAAUUUUGUUUAACGUUGCAUUUCUAUUCCCCACGAGCAUAUGAAUUUAUAAGGCAAAGAAGUACACUACCAGAUCCUUCUACUAUUCGUAGAUGGUUAGCAACUAAACAUUGCAACCCUGGUAUUUUACAUGAAGUAAUUGACUAUUUUAAAUAUAAAUUA